AUGUCUUCUUCAUCAUCACUUCCACUUCAGGCAGCUGCCGCCGCUGCUGCAAAGGCGGCAACCGCCGGCGCGGUGGCGGCCGAUCGGGUCUCAUCAUUAAGCUUCCCUACCACAGUCUGGAGCGAUGGCUUCCUCGACCAAGUUGAUCUGUCUCUCCAGGCAAAACAAAAGCACCCCAAGUAUGAAGUUCUGAAGGAAGAUGUGAGGAAGAUGGUGGUAAAUGAAGCAAAAAGCAGUUAUGGCGAUGGCAAUGCAGCAGCAAUCACAGAAAAGCUGCAGCUCAUAGAUGCAGUCCAGAGGUUGGGUGUUGGAUACCAUUUCGAAGCGGAGAUCGAAGAAGCACUUGGGAAAGUUCAUGAUGCGGGAGAAGGCUUAUUCACUAACUUUGAUGGCAAAGGUAUGGAUCUGUACCAUGAGGCUCUUCGGUUCCGACUUCUCAGACAACAAGGAUUCCCUGUCUCGCAAGAUGGGUUUAGCAAGCUCAAGGAUAAUGAAGGAAGGUUCAAGGAAUGGUUGGCAACAGAUGAGAGAGGGUUGUUGAGCUUGUACGAGGCAGCACACAUUGCGUUCAACGGAGAAGAUCUUAUGGAUGAAGCCCUAAGUUUUGCGAGGAAGAACCUCGAAUCGAUCCUCCCAACGCACAAGAAGAUCAACCCUUCACUCAAAAAGCAGAUUGACUUUGCCCUUCGCGUUCCUGCUUGGAAAUGUGUCCCAAGGUCGCUUGCUAGGCACUCCAUAGAUAAUUUAUACUAUGACUACUCUGCUCAGAAUCAGAAGCUUCUCACGUUUGCAAAGUUGGACUUUAACAUGGCCCAAAACUUCCAUCAACAUGAGAUCCUUGAACUCUCAGAGUGGUGGGGAAAUAUUGAUGUAAAAACCAACUUCCCCUAUGUAAGAGACAGACUCAUGGAGAGUUACUACAGCGUCAAUGCUAUGUAUUUUGAGCACAAAUAUCGGUUGGGAAGAAUCAUAUCCACCAAGGUUUGGUUAAUGUUGGCAAUCUUGGACGACACUUAUGAUAACUUUGCUACGUACGAAGAAGUUCAGCUCCUAACAGAAGCUAUUCAAAGGAUGGAUGCCGGGGCUCUUCAUGAACUGCCCGACGCGAUGAAGAAAGUAUAUCGUGUCGUCCUUGAUGUGUUUGACGAAAUCGAGAGGGAAAUUGGACGCACAGGACCUACCUUGGCGUCGAGUAUGCUAAGGAAGAGCUCAAGAUAUUGUCCCGAGCCUACUUGGUUGAUUUCCGCUGGCGCAAUGAAGGUCCGAUCCCGACACUGA